UAGAUCGUCAGCUCGCAGUUGUUUUGUUGCUCCACACAGUACAGUUGUCAGUUUACGAGACGCCCCGCACAAAGAUGGACGACUGAAAGACGCAGUGAUGCCCCGCACAAAGAUGGACGACUGAUGACAUUUGAUGUGAAGAAUUACACGAAUCAAAUCCAGCUGCAGAGGCCAUAUAACGUUAUAUCUCAUAGCCGUGUUGGUGAAUGAUACAGUCACAAGUGUUUCACAAAUGGACUGUCAGCCUCGAGGAAGAGGAAGAAGAGGAAGAGGAGGACGAGGAAACCGAAAUGAAGAGAGCAGAGAUGUGCGUCUGUCUAAAUCUCUGUCUUACGCUUUACGACAUGGAGCAAGUAAGAUGGGUCUGCAGAUGAACUCUGAUGGAUUUGUGUUUGUGGAGGAACUUCUUGCUCAUCAGCAGUACCGCUCGUUUUCACUGGAGGAUGUGGAGCGAGUGGUGGCCACCGACGACAAACAGCGAUUCAAGCUUUGCCACCACCCUGAUGAUGGUCGUCUUCAGAUACGUGCCAACCAGGGUCACUCAGUGCAGGUUACAGAUCUGGAAUUGAGAGCAGUAGCACCUGAUGAUCCAAACUAUCCAAAAGAAGCUGUUCAUGGCACAUAUAUGAAACACUGGCCCUCUAUACGCAGUCAGGGCAUCAGCAGAAUGAAGAGAACUCACAUACACCUGGCACCUGGGCUUCCUGGAGAGGGUGGAGUCAUCAGUGGAAUGAGACAGAGUUGUGAUCUGGCUGUGUAUAUUGAUGUUGCGAAAGCUAUGUCGGAUGGAAUUCAGUUCUUCUGGUCGGAGAAUGGCGUACUCUUAACCCCUGGAGAUGAUGCUGGGAUGUUAGCGCCACGCUAUUUCUCUCGAGCACAAAAACUGAAACCCUCACCUUGUGAAAUUGAUCUGCAUUAGCUGUUGGAAAGGAUCUCCUUUUGACUUAACCAAAAAAUGGAGACUGAACUUCUGAAAGCAUUAAAGUGGAAUAUCUGUUUUGAAGAAAAAAAAAUCGUAUAAAUAAAAACAACAUUUUUUAUUAGCACAAUUAGGCUACAUUAUUUAUUAACAGCGUUGAUUAUACUCUUACAUCAAAAGAUAGAAAUUUAAAUAAUUGAGACAAACUGAACAACCACAGGUGACUUUGGGAAGGAUGCACAGGAAGACAAGGACUUUUUUUUACUUUUAACCUAAAACUGCUGUGCAGUUGGACAGUUGAAUAUGCUUUGUUAGUCAUGAUGUUACCCAGGAAAUUACCAAGGGAAUAGUAGCAGUGCAUCAUGAACAUCAAAGGAUUAGUUCACUUUUGAAUUAAAGCAUUACUCCACCCCAAAAUUGAAAAUUUUGUC